GAACAAAGAAAAAAAAAAACACAUUCAUAAGAAAAACAUAUCACACUAAUCAAAACUGUCAGCAAUUCUUCCUUAACGAAUAAAUUCAAAAAUAGAAUAGACUAUUCUUAAAAUUUUUGAAAUAUUUAGUAUAACUUACUACCAACUACUAGAGCUAAAGAAGAAUGCCACCAUUAUCCAAGUCCCACACAAGUUUGGCCUCUCGUAGGUCAUCCGUUUUCAACUUUCACCAACCAGCCCCACAACCAGAUGUGUACUACGUUGGUGUUGACGUUGGUACUGGAUCAGCUCGUGCAUGUAUCAUUGAUACUAAUGGUAUCAUUCUUGGACUUAGUGAAAGACCAAUCACUCGUCAUGAACUCAAGCCAAGUCACAUCACUCAAUCCUCCACUGAGAUUUGGAAUUCGAUUUGCUUCUGUGUUAAAAAUUGUAUUAGAGAUUCAGGAGUUGACCCAUCUGAUAUCUUUGGCAUUGGUUUCGAUGCUACCUGUUCCUUGGUAGCAAUCAGUGAGCUGAAUGAUCAACCAGUUGCAGUUGGACCAGACUUUUCUGAUAAUAAGGAAAAUAUCAUUUUAUGGAUGGAUCAUAGAGCUGUUGAUGAAACCAAUGCCAUUAAUGCAACUGGUGACAAAUGUUUGAAAUAUGUUGGUGGGCAAAUGUCAAUUGAGAUGGAAUUACCUAAAAUUAAGUGGUUGAAGCAUCACCUUCCAGGUGGGAUUUCCGAUGUUAAGUUUUAUGACUUACCAGAUUACCUCACCCAUAGAGCUACAGGAUCUGAAGCCAGAUCCUUUUGUUCAGCAGUCUGUAAACAAGGUUUCGUCCCACUUGGGGUUGAUGAUUCUACAACUGGAUGGUCCAAGGAAUUCUUACAACAAGUUGAUUUGGAUGAAAUUUGUGAAGAUGAUUUCCGUAAGCUUGGUGGUAUUCCAAAUAAAAAUGGUACAUAUUUAUCUGCUGGUGAUAUUGUUGGUAAAUUAACUCCACAAUCAGCUGAAGAAUUGGGUUUAACCACAGAAUGUAUUGUUGGAAGUGGUGUUAUCGAUGCAUACGCAGGAUGGAUCGGUACCGUUGCUGGUAAGGUUGACAUUCCAAAGCUUCAAGAAUUAUCCGAGAAAUCCGAUGGUUCAAUUGGUACUGCUUGUGGAAGAUUGGCAGCUGUUGCAGGUACUUCAACUUGUCACAUUGCCAUGACCAAGGAACCAUGUUUUGUGCAAGGUGUUUGGGGUCCAUACAAGGAUGUAAUGGCUCCUGGAUACUGGCUCGCAGAGGGUGGACAAUCUUGUACUGGUGCCUUGCUUGCUCAUGUUUUAUCCAUCCAUCCAGCAUAUUCUGAAUUAGCACAUUUAUCAGAAGCUUCCAAUUUGUCCAAAUUUGAUUAUUUGAAUAUGAUUUUGGAAAAUUUGGUUACUGAUACAAAGAGUAGAUCAGUCGUCAGUUUGGCUAAACAUAUGUUUUUCUAUGGUGACUUCCAUGGUAAUAGAUCUCCAGUAGCAGACCCUCGUAUGAAGGCAUCUAUCAUUGGGCAAUCCAUGGAUACUAGUGUGAACGACUUGGCAAUUCAAUAUUUUGGAGCUUGUGAAUUUAUUGCACAACAAACCAGACAAAUUGUCGAAUCAUUGACUAAGAGUGGUCAUGAUAUUUCAUGUAUUUUCAUGUCUGGAGGACAAUGUAGAAAUGGGUUGUUGAUGAGAUUACUUGCUGAUUGUACAGGAUUGCCAGUUAUUAUCCCAAGAUAUAUUGAUGCAGCUGUUGUUUUUGGAUCUGCAUUAUUGGGUGCUGUUGCCGCUGAAGAAUCUGUAGCUGAACAUGUAGCUACAAAGGGUAGAUCUAGAAGAUCGUCUAUUUUAGUAUCUCAAAAAUCUCAAACCAGUUUGCAUGGUGGAGGUGGAGCAGUUGAAGAACCACAUUCACCUUACACGGCACCAUCUGCUACUGCUUCUACGACCAACAUGUCUGCUUUAGUAUACCCAACAGCUGGUCACCACUUUUCAAUGACUCCAAUGGAUGAAGGUGCUGAAGAGAACGUCGAUUACUUCAAUCAACCUACUUACAAACCAAAGGUACCUACUACUUCUGAAGAAGAAGAACUGGACGAAGAAGAAACUUUAUCAUUUGGCUCUAAAUCUAACGUUCAAAAGGGAUUGUCACAAAAGUUGAACAAACUUGGUUUGAAACCAUUAUCAACUUUAGAUUCUAAAAAGGAAAAGGAACCAAAUGCUGGAGAUAAACUUUGGAAAAUCAUGGAAAAAAUGACCGGUCCAGGGAAAGUCAUUCUUCCUUCUGAUCCCCACCAUCCAGAUCGUAAGUUGUUGAGUGCAAAAUAUGAAAUCUUUUUAGAACAAUGCAAGCAACAACAACAAUAUAGAGAUUUGGUUGAUAAAGUUGAAUUGGAAAACUUGAAAGGUUUAAGAGUUUAGUUAUCGAGACUGUGUUUAGAAUUUUUGAAAUAUACAUUAUUAAAUUUAAUCAUUUGUA